GCAGGCCAGGAGAGCCGCCCCUGCCCUCCCCACAUGCCGCCAUGAAGUUUUCCCUGCGCUUCUGGCUCCUGUCCACGGCCCUCCUGCUGGUCUUCGUCAUGUCGCUGCUCUUCACCUACUCCCACCACAGCAUCGCCUACCUGGACCCCGGGGGGCUGGGCGGCCUCCACCGGGUGAAGCUGGUGCCGGGCUACGCAGGGAUGCAGCGCCUCAGCAAGGAGGGCCUCUUUGUGCACGGCUGCGCUUGCCACCGCUGCAUGGUGGGCCUGGGCCACUCGGAGUGGUUCGACAGCCGCUACGACAGCCGCAUCUCCCCCGUCUGGACCCAGGAGAACUUGGAGCUGCCGCCGGACGUCCAGAGGUGGUGGAUGAUGCUGCAGCCGCAGUUUAGGUCCCACAACCUGAACGAAGUCUUGGGCAAGCUGUUCCAGAUCGUCCCUGGAGAGAACCCCUAUGGGUCCCAGGACUCCCGGAGGUGCCGGCGCUGUGCCGUGGUGGGCAACUCGGGCAACCUGCAAGGCUCUGGCUACGGCAGGGAAAUCAACGGCCACGACUUCAUCAUGAGAAUGAACCAAGCCCCCACGGUGGGCUUUGAGGCAGAUGUUGGGAGCAGGACCACUCACCACUUCAUGUACCCGGAGAGUGCCAAGAACCUGCCAGCCAAUGUCAGCUUUGUUCUCGUGCCCUUCAAGGCCUUGGACCUGCUGUGGAUUGCAAGCGCCCUCUCGACCGGCCAGAUCCGCUUUACCUAUGCGCCUGUGAAGCCCUUCCUUCGGGUGGACAAGGAGAAGGUUCAGAUCUACAAUCCUGCUUUCUUCAAAUACAUCCACGACCACUGGACGGAGCACCACGGCCGUUACCCCUCCACAGGGAUGCUGGUGCUGUUCUUUGCGCUACACGUUUGCGACGAGGUGGAUGUCUUUGGUUUCGGGGCAGACAGCCGAGGCAAUUGGCACCACUACUGGGAGAACAAUCGCUAUGCGGGGGAGUUCCGGAAGACGGGGGUGCACGAUGCGGAUUUCGAGGCCCACGUCAUCGACCUUCUGGAGAAGACGAACAAGAUUGAUGUCUAUCGCGGCAACUGACCCUCCUGGCGGCAUUUCCCAGCAUUGACUUUGGGGCCAGCCUUCAGUGGAGGGGCUGCUUGAAAGACGGUUUUGCUUCUGGGCGGGGGUGGCCCGAGUCCCGGGCUGCCCGCAAUGCCGCCGGAUGCGCCCUGGGCUGCCCGCUCCCCAUCCAGACGCAGGUGGGGCAAAUGGAACAGAUGCUUGCGGAGAGCAGCUGCCGCGAGAGCAAGCCCUUCCGCAGCGAGGGCAAGGAGUGUCGCGCCGCCUCCCAAUCCAGAGGAUUUUCAAGGACGGCCCGGGGGUGGCGUGGUGGGCGGUGUCCAGCUUGGAGCCGCCUCCUCGUGCGCUCGAACAAAUGCUGCGCGCUUUCUGCGGGUGGCGAUGGACGGCAGGCACCGCUCCUGGCUGGCGAGCUGACCGUCUGCUGGGUCUCCUGGUGCCCCAGUCCUCAAGGCCUGCCGGGGCCUCCCUUGCGCUGGCCGGGGAGCUUGAACAGGAACGCAGGCCUGAGAAUGCGGCACACUUUGCUCUCGCGCACUCUCUCUGGCCGGCUCCAGCUGCCGCUGCCGGGAGAAGCCCUGAAAGUGUCGCCUCGCUCUCGCGCUCGCUCCCUCUCUUUUUCAAACCACCUUGUCUUUGGUAAACAGCAGCUGCUUCCCGCUUUUGCCCAGGGAAGUUCCUUUUUGAUGCUGCUUUUGUACGAUGCGCCUCGAGAGGCAAAGGAGUCGGCCGCACAUCUCUUGCUGCGAUGGCAGGGUUAGGGGGAGCUGGGGGAGCCCCGGGGGGGGCUUCCCUUGGAGCCGGUCUCCUGCCGCCCCGAUGGUCUUCUGGCCCGUGGAGGGGGAGGUGAGCCGUCGGGCGGCAGGAGUGCAGAAGGGGGGUCUCUGCUUCUGGGACCUCGAAGAGGGAGCCGUGCCAAGGGCCCUUGGCUGGGCAGAACCCGCGGCUGGAGCCCCCCUUCCCCUGCCCCACCCGCCAUCUCUCGCCACCGGCCUGGGCUUGGGAUCCUACUUGCUCUUCUCCCAGAAUCCAAGCAGGGUCCUCCCUCCCCCCUUCCCUCCCCCCCCACACUCUACCUCCAACUCUGUGCAGCCAAGAGGGGUCUCCACUCUGGUGGGGGCUGCCUUCAGAUGGAGCAGGAGCCUGGAGGGUGGCGCUCCCCUCCUCCCCUGGGGCGCGCACGUGUGUGUGUGUGUGUGUGUGUGUGUGUGUGUGUGUGUGUUCCAGGGCCUUGCGUGAUGUUUCGCUAAAGGGAAGCAGCUGGAGUACUUGGCUCUGAAAAGUGCGCAGGGAUUCUGGGAUUGGGCCAAAGCACCCCUCUGGUUUACCAGGCAAUGUUGCAAUGUGGGGAGGGGGCUUUGGAGACCUGAGAGGGGAGCGGCUUGUCCUCCUAAUGAGCUGGGGGUGGGGGGCACAGCUGCCUCUGCUUCCCAGAGCUCCAUUUGCUCCUCUUUUUCCUCCCACGCCCUGCCUGCAGGCUGGCCAUUUGUCAGGUAAAGCUGUGCAGUUAACCACACAGCUCUGCCUGAUGAAUGCCCAGCCUGGCUCCCAUUAAUCCUGGGGCAGAGAGAGGGAAAGUGGUGGGGAGCAGAUGGAGCUCUGGGAAGGAGAGGCUGCUGUGCCUCCUUCGGUAUGCCCCCCCCCGCCCGACUCAUCGGGACCAGCGAGGCGCUUCUUUGGCUUGGCCAGAGUCGAGGGGCCCGUCCCCCUCCUGCCUUCAUGCCCCCCCACCCCCUUGAGAUGGAUGCCAAGAAGGGGGGGGGAGUCCAGGCCCAGCAGCCUCUCCUCUGGGGCUGGCUGGCAAAUGUGAGCCGUGUCCCCGCUGCGGGACGGACGCUUGGCAUGAGGCAGCCUGGGCAUCCUCUCAGCCCUCCCUUGCACGAACCAGGCGGCGUUGGGGGCUGGGGCCGGGGCAGCCCCCUCCCCCCCGCCCGGCAUGCCUUGGCCUGUCCUCUGCGCUCCCAGCACUGCACUGCACGGCGGUUGGGCUCUGGCCGGCUGCCUCCCGUGCUCUGCUGCUUCCUCCUUCGGGGGCGGGGGGGGCUGCGCUUGAGCACAGCGGCCGGAUCCUUGCUGGGGGGUCUCCUCGCCAAGCCUCCAGCCUUGGAGAUGGGAAGGGCUGCCGGCCGGGCUCUCGCUCGCCCCCACUGGGCUCGUCGCAGGCAUGGCUGCCCCCCCCCGGCACGAAGGCAGCCUUGCCUGGCUCUUCUGUCCUCCUCUCACUCGGCCGCUGGGCCCCCUCUCCGCUUCCGGCGGAUCUUCUCUCUCCCUCCCUCCUCCUGCAAGCGCUUGCGACUCUUCAGCCCAGGCUCUUCCUGAGGCGACGUCGUCCAUUCCCUUCUGGCUUCCUCAGCUGCAGCUGCCUUCCCUGCCUGCCCAGAGGCAAGAAGGCCGGCCGGCCUCGCUUCACAGGGUGGGCCCGUGGCUGGCCGCCAGCAGCUCCAACAUCGCCUGGACCCUUUGGAGCGGUGCCUCAGGCCCCAGGUGGUCAUUCUGCCGUGGGGGGGGGGUGUGUGCGUGCGCUGGCCGUCUCUAGGUCGCUGGGGAGUCCUUGGGAUGGCGUCAUCUGCUAGGAGGCCCCAACAUAGGGGAGCAGCGUUGAGGAGGUUGUGAGGGGCUGGGUGUGCUGCUGCCGGGUGAGCCAAGAGGAGGGCCGGCCUGGAGAAGGUGCCCAGGGCUCCUGCCCGUGGCGCCCAACUCACGAGGGCCAGGCCUGACCCACAUCCUGGAGAAGUGCCCUGCCCCACUUUGCUGCUGCUGCUUCCUGAACUCCGGCGCGUGGGGAGGCCUGCUUGGUCUGCCUGCUCCUUUGGGUGGCCCGAGUGCCAAGGCCCGCCGACUGGAGCUUCGCCCACGGCCUCUGCCUCCGCCUGCUUCCACAUGCAGGUCUCUGGCCAGCAGCCAUCCCUGCCGCCUGUCAGGGGUCUGGGGCGGGCUGCGCUUUCCUUGCCCAGCAGCCUGGGGCUGCAGCUACUCUUCCCUAUCAGUAUUAUAUGCAGUUGUGCUGCGCCACAGGUUGGUUGGGGGGGGGGGUUGCAUUUAAAAAACAACAACUUCACACGCUACAAUUGAAAGAAGCUGGAUUUAUUUUGUGUUCUGUUGUACAAAAUAAAAUCUGUUUCCCCUUC